GCUACAGACCGCAGCUUUGGGAGCCGGUCCGCGCGCUGCGGCUGAGUGAAAGGGAGACAGACCUUCACCAUCAUCACCAUCAUCAUCAUCACCAUCAUCUUCAUCACCACCAUCAUCAUCAGCAGCAGCAGCAGAGCGCGGGGAUGAGAGGUGACCGCAUCAGAGAUGCUGCAGGAGAAGGCUUCAGCUGUGACGGAUGAUCCUGUGAGCCGGGUCCGGCCCGCCGGGGAGACGGAUCUUUUUCCAGACCGGUCACAGCUUGGCCCGUCCACAGCUCCCAGCGCUCCCAGUGCUCCCAGCGCUCCCACCUCCUCUGGCCCAGACCAGAACAUCGAGAACAUUAAGGUGGUCCUUCAUGAGAGGGAGCUGUGGAAGAGGUUCCAUGAGGCUGGGACGGAGAUGAUCAUCACCAAAGCUGGAAGGAGGAUGUUUCCCAGCUACAAGGCCAAAGUGAGCGGGAUGAACCCCAAGACCAAAUACAUCCUCCUCAUCGAUGUGGUCCCAGCUGAUGACCACCGCUACAAAUUCAGUGAAAACAAGUGGAUGGUUGCUGGAAAGGCUGAGCCAGCAAUGCCAGGCAGACUCUAUGUGCAUCCAGAUUCCCCGGCAACAGGAGCUCAUUGGAUGCGGCAGCUGGUGUCUUUUCAGAAGCUAAAGCUAACAAAUAAUCACCUGGACCCGUUUGGGCAUAUUAUCCUUAACUCCAUGCAUAAGUACCAGCCCAGACUCCACAUCGUCAAAGCUGAUGAAAACAACGCCUUUGGAUCGAAGAACACUGCCUACUGUACCCAUGUCUUCCACGAGACCACCUUCAUCUCAGUAACAUCUUAUCAAAAUCAUAAGAUCACUCAACUGAAGAUAGAAAACAACCCAUUCGCUAAAGGUUUCCGAGGCAGCGAAGAGGGGGACCUGCGCGCCUCGAGAAUAGAGGGGAAGGAUUAUCCAGUCAUGUCAAAGAGCGUGGUCCGUCAGAGAAUCAUCUCCUCCCACGGUCACCUGGCCGGGAAGCUUCGGACCGGGGUUCUGACCGGCCAUUCUCAGGUCCUGUCGUCUUACCCGUAUGACACUGGGGCUCCUUUGACAAACUUGGAUUCCCAAGAUGCUCUCUCCAGCCCCUUUCCUCCCAGCAGAGAUCCUGGUGUAGUUUACCACUGCUUCAAACACAGAGAUAACAGCCGACACCUGGAGCUUGGAUGCAAGCAGCCGUAUCUGGAGUCAUCCUCGCUGAUAUCUGAGGAGCGCUUCUUCCGUUCAGCUCCGUCUUACGAGUCGCCCCUGCUCUCUCGCCCUUACUGUGCCGACGCCAUCGCUUCCAGAGAGGCUUGCAUGUACGGGGGGGUGGAGGCGCCGUCCGGGUCGGGAUCAGGGGACAGAGACGAGCGAAGCGGCUCUCCCGCGGUGAACUGCAACAUGUGGGCCCCGAUGCAGCCGUAUUCCCGGUACAGCGUGGACGGCGUCCCCUACCAGCCCUUCCCUCCUCACUUCCCUAACCCCGCCCCCGUGCUGCCACAGCCCGCCUCGUCCAUAUUACCCCGACCACAGGCCGACUUCGGGGUCUACAACUCAGCCAUGGUCCAGAGGAGCCUGCCUGCCGUAGCGCAGUCACCCUCCUCUUCAUCAGGCUCUGCUGCUCUCACUGGUUCCAGAGACACAACCAGUCAUCCUCCUUUGUACCACAAAAAGCCCGGCUCCGCUCUCCAGCCUCUGAAAGAGUUCUCAGCCUGUUCCAUACAGGGGAUGAUCCCCGGCCGGGAUCCCUCCUAUCAGCACCAGAUGGGGCUGAGUGGAGCCGGGAGUCACUGGAGCGACGGCUAACUCUGCUCCAAGACGGAUGUUAGGACGGCUUUCUAAAGGCCCGGGCUGUGGACGGUGAUAACAGACUCUGCUGACCCAUCUCUGACACAACUGGGUUCUAGACACUCGGUGUCCACCUCCUCAUCUACGCUGGUAUAAAGCACAUUUCGCAAAACCUGAGAUUCAAAUGUAAACCUUGGGUGAAAGCAGCACAAAGUGUCUCCUGACACCCACCCAGGUUCCAGCCGGUAGGAACGUAAAAGCACAAACAAGAAAAGGGAAAAUGAUCGAUUCAUUGCUGUCAGUAAUGAUGCUGUUCCAGCUGCUGCCAUUUUUUAUAGAUGAACUCCUGAUACGGUCAGUGAAGGUCUCCUGGGGGACUAUCUACAGCAUGCAUGCGCAGCAGGAGAAAAACAUCAAUAACUGAAUCAUAGUGGCUUUGUUUUCUGUUGAUUGGAU